AUGGAUAAUAAAAGUAUAAUAGAGAGUGCCGGAUUUUACUUUAUUCAUAAUUUUGACUCGGGGAAUCUAGGUCACGUUGAGCAAGUUCCCAGAGAACUUAUUGCACCUGGUGUCAACUUCAAGACAAAUGCUUCAGAAAUACCUGAUUAUGAGUUUAAUCUAUGGACAAGACCAGAUUGUGCUGGGACUGAAUUUGAAAAUGGAAAUAGAACUUGGUUUUAUUUUGGAGUACAAGCAAGUGAACUUGGAGUAUUGGUGCGACUUAACUUAAUAAACCUUAACAAACAGGGGAAAAUGUAUAAUCAGGGCAUGGCACCUGUUACGAGGACAUUACCUGGUAAGCCUCAAUGGGAAAGAAUAAAGGAUCGCCCUGUUCAUUCCACGGACGACAACACGUUCACGCUGAGCUUCAAGUACCGCACGUCCGAGAAUCCGAAGGCGACGACCUUCUUCGCGUUCACCUAUCCGUACUCCUUCGCUGAGCUGCAGAUCGCUCUGAACACGAUAGACCUGAAGAUGCUUCCGUUGCCGCCGCCGCAGUCCCCCGACGAUAUCUACUACUGCCGAGAGUGCCUCAUUUACUCCCUGGAAGGAAGACGAGUGGAUCUUUUAACGAUAUCAUCGCAUCACGGAAUUACAACGGAGAGGGAAGAAAGGUUGAAGAAUCUGUUUCCCGACACCCAGGAGAGGCCAUUCAAAUUCCAAAACAAAAAGGUGAUCUUCAUAUCGGCGCGCGUCCACCCAGGCGAGACGCCCUCGAGCUUCGUGUUCAACGGCUUCCUCAACCUGCUGCUGACGAGGGCCGACCCCGUAGCGGUGCAGCUACGCAAGAGCUACGUGUUCAAGAUGGUCCCGUUCCUCAACCCGGACGGCGUAGCGCGCGGCCACUACCGGACCGACACGAGGGGCGUCAACUUGAACAGGGUCUAUUUGAACCCCUCCCUCGUCCUCCAUCCAACAGUGUACGCGUCCAGAGCACUCAUCAGGUACUACCACUUCGGCUGCGAGAAGGAAGACUUCUACGAAGACACCACCCUUACAUCAAGAAGUAUGCAGAAUAUAAGCGAGAACACCGAGGUGGAGAAAGUGAAGAAGAAGAAGGGAGUUUACAAGAGCAGCGAAAACCUGAAGAGGGAGAAGCCGCUGAAGUCGGCGAACAAGGCUUCUGGCACCGCGAAGUGCAGCGCCCCCACGAAGGACGCCAAUACGAUGAGCGGGGAGGCUUUGGCCGAUCAGGUGUACGACAUGAAGCUGCAGGAGGGGGCCGGCCGCAGCGAGCGGGUCGAGAGGGGGGCGGAGGGGGGCGGCGGUCGCGGCGAGAGGGGCGCGGAGGGGGGCGCGUCGCUGCUGAGCGCGGAGGUGCUGCGCUCGUGCCUCGGCUCGUCGGCGCACCUGAGCGCCAGCGGCGAGCUGCGGCUGCAGGGCGGCAACCCGCUGGCGCCCCUGCGCGACGCCCUCAAGGACAGCAUCGGCCUGCUCAUGGACGGCGCCUCGGUGGCGGGGGACAGCCUGGAUGGGUGCACGUGCAACAUCAAAGUGGGCUGGUGCGAGGAGUGCCGUCGCGCUGCCAACCGGCUGGAGAUCAGCUCUCCGGGCGUGGCAGCCAGCGCGCCAGCCUAUGCCACGCUACAAGACACGGAGCCGUCGCCCGAAGACGGGUCCGUUUACUUCUGCACGAACUGCUUCAAGCGAUACAUACCAUCAGAACAGAGCGAGGAGAUUCAGCUGAUAGGCGCUUGUUCUACGGCCAGUGUUGCCGUGUCGGCAGGCAAUGGUGACGGACCUUCGCCGGAGACUCCCAUUACGCUCGUCGACCUGCAGCCGCCGCCGAAGGAGAAAGCUAAGUCGGCGGGGUGCAAACAGCCGCGCAAGAAGACGAACACGCAAGCGAGCGGCUCCCACGGGAACUCCGCCCACAGGGACCUCGAAUCCGGAUUAUUCCUAUACAUAGAUCUGCACGGACACGCCUCUAAGAAAGGCAUCUUCAUGUACGGCAACCACUUCGAGGACGUGGAGAGCUCGGUGGAGUGCAUGCUGCUGCCGCGGAUCAUGUCCCUGAACAAUCUUCACUUCCACUUUUCGUCGUGCAACUUCACCGAGAGGAAUAUGUAUCUGAAGGACCGUCGCGACGGCAUGUCGCGCGAGGGCUCGGGCCGCGUGGCCGUGCUCAAGGCGACCGGCCUCGUGCGCUCCUACACGCUCGAGUGCAACUACAACACGGGCCGCCUCGUCAACGUGCUGCCGCCGCCGCUGCGCGACUGCGCCGCCCCGCCCGCGCCGCAACACCACGCCCCGCACCCGCCCAAGUACACGCCGCACAUUUUCGAAGAGGUAAGGCACAGCCGCAGUAGGAAUCUGGAGAUUUUCAAAGAGAUAGACCCACUGAAGGUGGGCCGCUCGUUGGGCGCGUCGAUCCUGGACCUGACGGGACAGCAUCCCAACUCGCGGAUCCCGUGUUCUGAACACCGAACCUUGGCGGCGCUGCGCGAGUGGCUGCGGACGCACACGCGGACUAUGCGGCCACAGCUCACCACGUGCCGCCUGCGGCCGAAGACGGCGUCCCCCUCGCGGGUGCCUUUGUACGCGCGCGCCAGGCCGAAGGGCGCCGACGAGCGCAAGGAGAACGCGUACGCCGGCGCCAGGAGCGACACGGAGCGCAGGCGCAGCCCGCCCCUCGUCGCGCAGCGCUCCGGCCACGAGCUAGCCACUUCGGUAGCCAAGUACGCGCGGCGGCCCGAGCCCGCCAAGGCGACGCGCGCGCGCCACCUGGCGGACAGCGAGCCCAAGCCGCGCACGCUCUCCACCAAGCGCAGCAUACUCGCGAUACGCAAGCCCAACUCGGCCAAGUCGGGCGCGCUGAAGGCGAAGGCGAGCCGCCGCUCGGACGACUCGGACGCCCCCCGGCCGGGGCUGGCGAGGCUCUCGAAGAGGUGCUUCGCGCGGGGCGCCCGCUGCCGCCGCGCCGCCGCCUCCUCCUCGUCGGAGGACGUCGCCGCCUGGGAGGAGGUGGCCGGCGGCACGGCGCUCGCCGCACACUCCUCGGGCGCCGCGCACUCGCACUCGCACUCGCACGCGCACGCGGACCCGUCCGCGCCCGCCAAGCGCCGGUCCUACCCCAACCCGCCGCCCUCUCACUUGAAGAAGAUCCGCCUCAAGACCGCCUUG